CGUGACACGAGCUUCCAAUAACAACGGAUUUUGUGUUUGAGCAAUGCCAAGAAAACGCAAAGGGGCUAAUUUGAGCCGCAGUACAAGUAAAGCUCGAAACUUGCGAAAUAGUUGAUCCGAAAGAACAGAAGAACAAAUCCAGUAACAAAAUACUGAUGCACGUGUCAGAAUGGCGCAAUUGCAUCAAGAAGAGCCAGAAGAUACACGAGCUGAACGCAAUGAAGUCAGAAGAUUAGAACAACGACAAUCACGCCGUUUCACAGUCAAUAGACGAAGAACAAAUGACCAACAACGACAACAGGUACAUCGAGCAUUUAUAUCUGAUUCAUUCCUGCAUCUAGCAUUCCAGUAUGAGCCCGAUAUUGAAUAUUAUGCUCAUUCAAAAGUGGUAAUUGGUGCUAUGGACAAGGAAUGUUCGCAUUGUCAUGCUCUGAAAUUCAAAAAUGAGCCAGCUGGGAUGUGUUGCGCGUCAGGAAAAAUGCAACUACCUGAAAUUGAAACACCACCUGAACCAUUGAACGGCUUACUUAUCGGCACGGAUCCAGAUUCUAACGUGUUCCUGAAGUCAAUUCGAAGAUUCAAUUCAUGCUUUCAAAUGACAUCGUUCGGAGCAACAGAAAUAGUUCGAAAUACUAAUGCAAAUGGUCAACAAUUCAAUUCUACAUUCAAAAUCAGAGGCCAAGUUUAUCAUAAAAUGGGCUCACUGCUGCCAAUGCCAAACGAACCACAUAAAUUCUUACAAAUCUACUUUAUGGGCGGCGAGGAUUCCGGAAUUAUACGUGGCAUGCUCUCGAGUGGGUAAACCAUCCAGUUUGUUUGUGUUAGCUAAAGAUGGACUAACA